AUGGCGAGCGAGAACAAGGGCGGUAAUGGAAGGAGACUGAGUGGAGGAGGGGGCGUGGUACGAGACUCUGAGGGAGGAUUCCACCUUGCAUUCCCAUGUUUCUUUGGGGUCGCUACAAGCCUCCAUGCUGAGCUAAAGGUGUUGGUGCAUGGGGUGGGUCAGUCUGUUGCUAGAGGAUAUUUGGAUAUUCAUCUCGAGGUGGACUCGCUUUCGCUGGUUCGGAUCAUAUCAGGAGCUCAGGCCUGUCCUUGGCACCUGCAGUUGGAACUGGAUGAUUUACUGCGUUAUCAGAGUCUGUUUCGCUCCAUUACCCAUUGCUAUAGAGAGGCAAACAAGCUAGCGGAUAGAUUGGCUAAAUUGGGCGCCGAGAGGGGAGCUGACUCCUUGUUUCAAUCUUUUGCAGUGUUACCUCCCUUGGUCCUGUGA